UCUUAUAAGGGGGGGGUCCCGGGCAGCGCGCGUUCAGUGUGCCCGAGUGUCCCGUGUUGCGUGAGCGCACUCCUGCGUGUGUCUGCACAUAUACGCAUUUCUCCCGCAGAUAUCUACUGUCAACAUGCAGCUCGUUUUGGCCUCAUGCCUUUUGCUAAUUGCAACCACCCUCGGUCCAGUUGCAGCUCAAAGGAUAACGACCAUACAGCUGGAUGGCGUUCAAUACUUCAUAUCAAGAAUGAAUCCUUACAGCCCGGAGCUCAACUAUUUCUUGGCUUAUCAGUAUUGCAGAUCGUUAGGGUUGCAGCUGGCUUCUUUCGAGACUAAGGAAAAGGCGGAUUCUAUUACUACGUAUCUGACAAAUGCAGGUUACAACAAGUACGACUUUUGGACAUCUGGCAACAACCUUGGUACGGACAUGUAUUUGUGGAUGAGCACUGGGCUCCCAUUCAACGCAACGUUCAACUAUAUGCGAAGGCUGCCCAUGGAUGCUCCCAGCCAACAUGCUGACGACAGCAUUGACCCCUUGGACGUGCCCCAGGGCAGCACCGCACCCCAGCGUACCGCUAGACACGGUCGGUAUUCCAGGACGGAGCAUGUGAUGACAAACGGAUGCGUGUCACUCAAGGCGCCUACCUUCCACUGGGAGCCUCAGCACUGCGGUGAAAUCAAGGACUUCAUAUGCGAGCAGACCCGCUGCUACUACUACAACUACGGCUCCAUCCCCGUGUCGUCGGCGCAGGGGAAGCCGCUGUCGAUGACGACCACGACGACAGCUCACCCGCUCACGUCGUCGUCGCCGCCGCCACCUCAACCUGAACAUUUGCCGACCCACUUCACCCUCAACGACCUUCUUGGCAAGUUCCGACCUUCCUCGCUCGACGGGCUUCAGUCGCCGCACCUCAAGACAAGCGCCGUUCUCAAAUCCCCGCCUCAGAUCGACUCUCACUACUCGCGCGCGGCCGACGCACACUCACACGACCACGAACAAGAGCAGAAGGAGGAGGCGACCCAGGGUCCGUACGAAGACGACGACGGCAUGGUGGGGGACGACCCGGCCGCCUACCUGAGCCACCAGGCCCGUGACGCGCCCGCCGUCGACGACGCGCCCUCUACCGCCGAGCCGGACGCCACUGAACAUUCCGUCCACGCCAGCGGCAUGCUGGCACCACCCGCCUACUAAAUUCGUCCGGCUCGACGUCGUAUUUGUGUAACUUUUUCGUAUUAAUUAGAUAUUGUGUCUACCAAAAGUAUUACCUAUUUCAUAAUUAUUAGACUUCGUAUUAAGCAAUCAUAAAAGUAAUUUUUACAUUAGGAGCUUGCUUUUUGAGGGUAUAUCGCACGCCUUGGUUUAUGGAUACUGCGCAAUGUAAAUGAGAUUUUUAGAAUCGUAAUAGUAGCAUGUCAAUUUUAGUUACAAAUAUUUAUGGAGAUUUCGAAGGUUCCAUGGGGCAAUACUAUUGUAAUUCCGUUGAAGAUGCUGGCGACUCGUUCGAUGCGACUUGCCUCCGUCUUCUCGCGUAUGAAUAUCACAAAAUAAGUAGGUACUGAACGAAAUUAAGUACCUUGACUUCGCUAAGGUAAUUAUAGGUUUCAGAUCUCCGGUAUUUCAUGUAAACCGCAAAAUGUAUUAUCUAAUUUAAGAAAAUUAAGUGGAUAUUAUAUCGGGACAUAUCAAUCGGAAUAGUGGUCUAAGAUAGUGUUUAUAAUAUACGUGACGUACCUAGUUAAGUAUAAUUAGUUGGAACUCAAGAAUUUAAAGAAUAGUGAUGUAGCGAAGUUAAUAAAGUUUAAACUUUAUAAGUACUGAAAAAA